AUGGCGAACUUAACGGCAGCAGUGCGGCUCAUGACCCGGCCAGCGCUUCAGCUCUCGGCGGCCCAGCGCUGCGUCUCCAACCCGCUGCCGGCGCGGCACGCGGAGGUCUUCGCAGAUGUGCGGGAACGGCUUUUCGAAGCCUACGUCUCGAGGACUCCCUCCUUCGUGAAGGCUGUGGACCUCCUCACGGCGCGGGGGGGACAAAUCCACAAUGACCACAUGGCACUGCGAUCCUUCGUGGACUCUGAAGGGCGCUCGGGCUUGAAGUUCUUUGAAUCGAUCUUCACCCACUUUGGCUAUGCUGUGCAAGACUCCUUGGUGAUCCCUGGCCUCUGCGUGAAUGCACGGUGGUAUGAACCGCCAGAAGAGACCAACUGGCCGAAGGUCUUUGUUUCAGAGAUGCGGAUCAAGGAGCUCCCAGAAGUGGCGCAGGAAGUGCUUUUCCGCCACGUGGAUGGCUUCUACGAGCCCAGCCGCGCGGAAGGAGCCUUGGCGAAUGGCUCCGCGGCGGUGGCGGAGCUGCUGGAGACGCCGCCCUGGUGCCCCACCGCUGAAGAGCAGCAGACGCUGCACCAGUUGGCCAAGGAGCCACACUUGACAAAUGCCGUGGAGUACGCGGCCUGGACCUUGACCCACGGGCACCGCAUCAAUCACGUGACCAUUCUUUUGAACACCCUGGGUAUCGCUGGCGUCAACACCUUGGCAGAUCUCAACGCUUUACUCCAGUCGGAAGGAUUGGUCUUCAAUGCUGCUGGGGGCAGCGACGGCUUGACACAGGGCAGCGUUGAGGUGUCCUUGGAGCAGAGCUCUACGAUCGCAGAUGUGGUGCCGCACCGCUUUGCGUGCGGUGCUCAGCAGACGGUGCCCUGCUCGUUCUUGGAGCUCAUCCAGCGCCACGAAGGCUUCCGGGGCUUCCUGGGGCAGAACGCAAAAGGCGGGGCCUUCUGGUGCGAACGCCGUUUCAACGAUUCGAUGUCCAGGGUCAUCAAAGAGGCGGCUCGCCUCGCCAAGGAGCCGAGACGACGGGCAAGGUGGACCGACUUGGGACUCCAGGAGAAAGGCCAUCUCCAGCUGGACCCGGCGCACAUCUUCACCGUCCUCGUGAAGGACGGGGUGCUGGGACGACUCAACGGCGACAGCCUGGAGUUGGUCAAGGGCUGCGAUCGCCUCCUCGGGGGCUUCAGCUCGCAAUCCCCGGCGCCCGAGGAUUUGCCGCCGAACAACGCCAUGCGCACGGUGCUGAACGAGGCCGAGAAGCUCCGGAAGCAAAGCUACUUGAGUUUGACGGACCUCUUCUUAGCACUGAUGAAGCAGAAGACCAUCAAGGAAGUGCUGACCAGUGCGGGGUACAGCUUGACCCAGUUGGAGAAAGCAAUGCAGGAGGUCCGAGGUUCCAAGAAGGUCGACAGCCAGACAGGAGACGAGAACUUCGAGGCAGCGGGCUUGGGGCUUGGGGCUUGGAGGAUAGAAGCCGGGCCGCGUCUGGGGGACCUGCAUCCGGUGGACCAGGCGCUCCUGAAGUACGGCCGCGACCUGGUGGCCGACGCGGAAAAUGGGAAGCUGGACCCGGUGAUCGGCCGGGACGAGGAGAUUCGCCGGGUGAUCCAGGUGCUGGCUCGACGGACCAAGAACAACCCCAUCCUGGUGGGCGAUCCCGGUGUGGGGAAGACGGCCAUCGUCGAGGGCCUGGCGCAGCGGGUCGUCACCAAGGACGUGCCUGAAGCCCUCAAGAACUGUCGAGUGGUGGCCCUCGAUGUGGGCGCUCUCAUCAGCGGCGCCAAGUACCGCGGUGAGUUCGAGGAGCGUCUCAAGGCUGUGUUGCAAGAAGUCAAGGACGCGGAAGGACGGGUGGUGCUCUUCAUCGACGAGGCGCAUCUGCUCAUCGGCGCCGGGAAGACGGACGGUGCCAUGGACGCGGCCAACCUGCUGAUGCCCAGCGUGAUGGAGACCGGAGACCGGAAGCCCAUGCUGGCUCGGGGCGAGCUGCGCUGCAUUGGCGCCACCACGGUGGACGAAUACCGGAAGUACAUCGAGAAGGACGCUGCGUUGGAACGACGCUUCCAACAGGUCCAUGUGGAGGAGCCCUCGGUGAGUACCGCGGUGACCAUCCUCCGCGGAUUGAAGGAGCGCUAUGGCUUGCAUCAUGGGGUCUCCAUCCAAGAUGCUGCGCUGGUGGCGGCCGCCACGCUUUCAGACCGCUACAUUACCACCCGGUUUUUGCCAGACAAGGCCGUGGAUCUCUUGGAUGAGGCCUGCUCGAAGAUCCGUGUGCAGCUCAGCUCGCAGCCAGAGCAGAUCGACAGCUUGGAGCGCCGGAGGCAGUACCUGGAGGUCGAGGUGAAAGCCCUCUCGAAAGAGAAGGAUGAGGCGUCCAAGGCUCGAUUGCAGGCGGCCAAGAAGGAGCUCAGCGCAGUGGGCGAAGAGUUGGCACCCUUGAGGGCCAGAUAUCAGCAGGAGCGCGAGCUCAUCGAGGACCUGAGCAAAGCCAAGUCGAAACUGCAAGAGCUGAAGCAGAAGCUGGGCCGCCAUGAGAAGUUGGACUUGAUGGAGGCUCGACACGACGUGGAUGCCGCGGCUGACUUGCGCUACGACGCCAUCCCCGGCGUGCUGCAGAGGAUCCGAGAGCUCGAGAAGCGGAAGCGAGAGUAUGAGGAGCAGACUGAGAGCCCACUCUUGGUGGAGACAGUCACACCCGCACACAUUGCCGAGGUGGUGAGCCGUUGGACUGGCAUUCCCGUGGCCAAGCUCACCCAGGGCGAGAAGGCGAUGCACGCGGUCGACCGUGAGCCGGCGCGCCUGCUCAACUUGGAGGAUGAGCUCAAGAAGCGCGUGGUGGGACAAGAGGAGGCCGCCGAGGCGGUGAGCCGUGCAGUGCUGCGCUCGGCGGCGCGGCUGAGUCGCCGCACGCAGCCGACAGGCUCCUUCCUUUUCGCGGGCCCCACGGGCGUGGGCAAGACUGAGCUGGCCAAGGCACUGGCGGCGGAGCUCUUCGACAAUGAGAACCGCAUUCUACGCUUCGACAUGUCAGAAUACAUGGAGCAGCACGCUGUCUCACGCCUUAUUGGCGCACCUCCGGGCUAUGUGGGUCAUGAGCAGGGAGGACAGCUCACAGAAGCCUUGAGGCGGCACCCAUAUAGCGUGGUGCUCUUUGAUGAGAUGGAGAAGGCACAUCCACAAGUCCUGAAUGUCUUGCUGCAGCUUUUGGACGAUGGACGAAUCACCGACAGCCAGGGCCGAACUGUGGACUGCAGCAAUUGUGUGGUGAUUUUGACCUCUAACCUCGGCUCUGAGCACCUCAUGCGAGCACUGGGCACAGGCGAAGUGAGCGCCGGAGCGGAGACCGACCGACCGUGUGAUGGAGGACUAGUGAUGCAGAGCAUCCGCCGCUCCUUGCGGCCAGAGCUGCUGAAUCGCUUGGACGACAUCGUGGUCUUCCAGCCCUUGAGUGGUUCCACACUGCGCCAGGUGGUGCGCCUGCAGCUGGCAGAUGUCUUGAAGCGCUUGGAGGAAUUGGAGGUCACCAUGCACGUUCGGGGCCCCGUGGGAGCGCUACGGAGAGAGGCACACGAUCCCGAGCUGGGCGCGCGCCCAUUGAAGAGGUACCUGGAGCGUCAUUUGGUGUCCAGGCUUAGUACCAUGAUCUUGGACGACAGCUUGACCGCGGGCAGCGUGGUCUACGUGGACCGGGCCAUGCGCAACGGCAAGGCGCGGUUCAAUUGGGCGCCCGGUGGUGCAGAGGGGUGCUUUGGGCGCUCGUUGUCACCGGAAAGUCAAUAG